AUGGCACCACCCUACGACUUCCUGUCAUCUAUACUGGCCUCCGGUCAGUUCAGUGACUUCACUCUCGUCUGCGAAGGCCAGGAAUUUCGGCUGCAUCAGGCUGUUGUCUGUCCACAGUCACUUGUUUUGAAUGCUGCACUCUGCGGAGAGUUCAAGGAAGCGACCACCAAAGUCGUAACCGUCCAAGGGUUCGACAUCUCUACUGUGAAGCGUUUGGUCUCCUUUUUCUACACGAGGGACUACGAUGUGAAGCUUCCUACUGAAAACACCCAUGCUGAGGAUACUGUCAUCACCGACGCCAAUGAUAACGGAUGGGGUAACACCACCAGUGAGAGCAAUGACCAGGCCGGCUCCAAGGCCAAAACAGACGCCGCAGAGAAGAAGAAAGCAGACGCGAUCCAAGUCCUUCUUUUCCACCUCGAAGUCAACGCUAUCGCCGACUAUUACAAUAUCCCAGGACUCCGAGAUCUCGCCGAGUCCAAGAUCAGAAACAUUUUGCUCGGCAACAACGCUAUCCUCCCUCGUCUCUUGCAGGAAGUUUCAUCUGGCGCUCAUGCAAACUUGUAUGCUAUCAUCGCCGAAGUCGCAGCGGAGUCAUACGACAUCUCGGACCUAUUCAGCCAAGACAACACGCCUUUCAAGCUCGACCCUGCGCUUUAUUCGAAGAUCAUUGUUGCCUGCGGUCUGCGAAUGGCUAUACUAAAGAAGGAACUUGAAGAUGUCCAGAUAUCCUACAAGACGGCAAAGGAACGUACUGCAGCAAACACUGCAGCUUUCAACGCGUGUUUUGCCAAGUUAAAGGGAACAGACAAAUGCCGACACUGUGAUGAGAAGUUCAACUGUUUCUUUGAGGAGGAAGGUCUCACUGGGCUUAUGCUCCGCUGCAAGAGCUGCCGUACCCGCCAUCCAUAG